AAGGGCCACACAAUGCGUGGGUGGAUUUGAAUCCUCCUUCUCCAUCUUGUUUCCUUCAUCCCUAUUUCCAUUCAACAAUCAGCAUGGCCGACAACACCGACGAUCUCUACGGCGACUUGGACCUCGAGGACCUCGACGCCUCCCAGCUCGAAGAACUGGUAGAGCCGCCAGAGCUCGACGUCGCCCCUUCAUCCACUCCCGCCCCUUCUCACACCUCCCAACCGGCUCCUGCGCAAUCUCAAUCCCAGUCUUUCUCGCAACCCUCCGAACAGCCUGCUCAGCAACAUCAAUUUGGAUACAAUUCUUUCGAUCAGCAACAACAGUCGGACAGCGCCGGAGAUAGGAUCAAGCCAAGUGAUAUGCCUGAUGAGGGGUUAGUAGUCUACUCUUAUUCUCUAUGCUCCCUGUUUUAUCGGUUCCGUCAUUUGGAGUGACGUAGCGGAGAUGCGCUUGCCGUAGACGAAGUUGCGGCAGGAAAGGAACGUCGGGAACGCGCGUUUGAUGUCGCGUGACGCACCCAGUUUGAUAGGUCGCUAUCGCGUUGCCAUUAAGGCCGCUCGCGGCCAUAGAUAGGCCAUAGCCAGAGUAGGAGUAUCGUAACAGUGUAACGUACCCUCCUAGACCCUUUCCCCCUCAUCUUGUGUACUUGUCGUAAUAGAGCUGAACUAAUAAUCUGUAUCCUUCAUCUAUAAUCAAUCGCUGUCCCUCUAUCGUACUGGAUGCCAUGCACCGCACUCCUCGGCCAACCCUUGCCUCACAUCAUUUCUCGUGACCGUGUCUUUGACAAAACAGUAAGAUGUUCAUCGGUGGUCUGAACUGGGAGACAACAGAAGAUAGUUUGACGACGUAUAUGGGGCAGUUUGGUGAAAUUGACGCGUGUACCAUCAUGCGAGACCCUUCCGGGCGCUCCAGAGGCUUCGCGUUCUUGACCUACAAGAGCCCUACGAGCGUUACCAAGGUCAUGGCUCAGCCCCACGUCCUCGACGGCAAGCAGAUUGACCCCAAGCGUGCCAUUCCCCGAGCCGAGCACGAGCGCACCGCCAAAGUCUUUGUCGGCGGUCUCGCUCCCUCCGUGACCGGAGAGUCCCUCAAAUCUUUCUUGUGUCAAUUCGGCCAAGUCAUGGAUGCCACCGUCAUGUUUGACAAGGAGACUGGAAGGUCGAAGGGUUUCGCGUUUGCUACAUUCCAAGAUGAGGACAGCGUGGGCAGGGCUAUGGCGGCGAGUGGAAUCGAGUUGGAAGGAAAGGCGAUCGAGAUCAAAAAGGCCCAACCAAGAGGUACGGCUCAAGGUUCAAGAUCCACCUACCAGCAGAACCGAUUCGGCGGCAAUCAGCCGAAUGCCUUUGGCGGCGGUAUGGGUGGUGGCUUUAACGGUGGCGGUGGCUUCGACCCCAACUCUAUGGCCAUGAUGUACCAGAACAUGAUGAAGCCUGCAGGUGGCAUGGGCGGCAUGAUGGGCGGCUUUGACCCCAGUGCCAUGGCUAUGAUGUACCAGAACAUGAUGAAGUCCAUGGGAGGAGGCAACGCUCCGGCUAUCAACCCCAACAUGGCUAUGCGCUCGCCAAACGAUUCUGUCUCUUCUGGAGCUGCGCCAGGCAUGAACAACAUGAUGGGGAUGGGUAUGGGUGGCAUGGGAAUGGGCGGGAUGGGCGGGAUGGGCAUGAACAUGGGCGGGAUGGGGAUGGGUAUGGGAAACAUGAUGGGCGGUGGAAUGAACAGAGGAGGGAUGGCCAGCCGACCUCCUAACGCUCCUCGUGGUCCUGCAGCUAUGCGAGGUCCUCAGCAGGGUGGCGUCACCCCUCAAGGCCCUGGCGCUCAGCGAUACUCUACCCAGGGUAACGCCAGGGCCAGACCUUACUAA